GUGAUCCGGGUCGGGUUUCCCGUCCCGCCCUCCGCCGGUCUAACGGAAGUUGACUUAAAAACACGAACGUAAACAGUUUAUCCCUAAAACAUGGAUUAAUAUUUUUGGUUUAUUUUGUCGCGGCCUCCCAGAGCCUCCGAGCCCGUCCAGAGGAUGUCUAACUCGGCGAGGAGCGGAGACAUCAUCCACCUCAACGUCGGAGGGAAGAGGUUCAGCACCUCCCGACAGACUCUCACAUGGGUUCCCGACUCCUUCUUCUCCAGUCUGUUGAGCGGCCGCAUCUCGACUCUGAAGGAUGAAACCGGAGCUAUCUUCAUCGACAGGGACCCCUCCCUCUUCGCACCCAUCCUCAACUUCCUCCGGACCAAAGAGCUGCACCCGCGCUCCAUCAACGUGCACAUGCUCAUGCACGAGGCCGAGUUUUACGGCAUCACACCGCUGGUUCGGAAGCUGCAGCUGUGUGAUGAACUGGACCGAUCCUCCUGUGGAAACGUGCUGUUCAACGGUUACCUGCCUCCUCCAGUGUACCCGGCGAAGCGUCGUAACCGCCACAGCGUGGCCGGGUCUCAGUUCAUGGCGGGUCGGCCGUUACCUGGAGAGAGGGCGCCGGUCCGACGAAGCAACACGAUGCCUCCGAACCUGGGGAACUCUGGGAUGUUGGGGAGGAUGAUGGAGGAGCGGCCGUCAGGAGGUCCGGUGUCAGACCCCGGCUUGGUUCGGAUCAUCUGUGGUCACCAUAACUGGAUCGCUGUGGCCUACGCCCAGUUUGUCGUCUGCUACAGGGUGAAGGAGUCCACCGGGUGGCAGCAGGUCUUCACGUCUCCUCGUCUCGACUGGAUGAUCGACCGCGUGGCUCUGAACGCCAGAGUGAUGGGCGGCUCCCUGGGAGACAACGACAAGAUGGUGGCCGUUGCCUCGGUGACGGAGAUCAUCCUCUGGUCCAUCUGUCCGGACGGCAACGGGAAUGAGAUCGGCGUCUUCAGUCUGAACGUCCCGGCCGAGGCUCUCUUCUUCGUUGGUAACCAGCUGAUCGCCACCAGCCACACGGGGAAGGUCGGCGUCUGGAACGCCGUCACCAAACACUGGCAGAACCAGGACGUCGUUCCCAUCAGUAGCUACGACACGGCCGGUUCCUUCCUCAUCCUGGGCUGCAACAACGGCUCCAUCUACUACAUAGACGUCCAGAAGUUUCCUCUGAGGAUGAAGGACAAUGAUCUGCUGGUGACGGAGUUGUACCGGGACCCGACUGAAGACGCCAUCACUGCCCUGAGCGUCUACCUCACCCCCAAAACCAGUGACAGCGGGAACUGGAUCGAGAUCGCGUACGGGACCAGUUCUGGGACGGUCCGAGUCAUCGUCCAGCACCCGGAGACCGUGGGCUCAGGUCCUCAGCUCUUCCAGACCUUCUCAGUCCAUCGCAGCCCCGUCACCAAGAUCAUGCUGUCAGAGAAACACCUCAUCUCAGUUUGUGCAGACAACAACCACGUGAGGACGUGGACGGUCACUCGGUUCAGAGGGAUGAUCUCCACCCAGCCGGGCUCCACGCCGCUCACCUCCUUCAAGAUCCUCAGCCUGGACGAGGUGGACGGACACGGAGGCUGCAGCGCCGGCACCGAGAUCGGUCCGUACGGGGAGAGAGACGACCAGCAGGUUUUCAUCCAGAGAGUCGUCCCAGACACAGACAAACUCUACGUCAGGCUGUCGUCCAACGGGAAGAGGGUGUGCGAGGUGCGCUCUGUGGACGGGACGUCCAUCACGGCCUUCAUGGUGCACGAGUGCGAGGGCUCGAGCCGCAUCGGCUCCCGGCCCCGUCGCUACCUCUUCAGUGGCCAUAGCAACGGCAGCAUCCAGAUGUGGGACCUGACCACGGCCAUGGAGAUCGCCGGCAAGGUGGACAUCAGAGCUCUGGGCGGACCCACGGAGGAGGAGCUGCUGGAGCUGCUGGACCAGUGCGACCUGGCUCUGACCAGAACCCCGGACAGUACCCCGCGGGCCUCCACCUGCAGUCUUUACUCCCAGGACUCCUCAGGCUUCAGGACCGAGCGCCUCCUCUCUGCAGCAGCAGGAGGCCGAGGAGCAGCCGGAGCUUCGGGCUCCUCGGCCAAUCUUUGUGGGACGCUCCCUCGCCAGGCCCCGCCCCCCCUCGCCAAACUGGGCCGUGACGCCGGCCUCCUGGCCUUCCCCAGCCCCGCCCACAGCCGGACGCCGAGCCCCCGCCCCUCCAGGCCCCCGGACAGGGAGUGGGGGCCCGUGCGGAGGGGGAGCUUCGUGGAGCGCUGCCAGGAGCUCGCCAAGGGCUCGGAGGCGUCGGGGUCGGAGGGCGUGAGGCGGAGCUUAGCCGUGUGCAGCGAGCUGGAGGCGCGCUUCGGCCUCAGGACGCCCACCACCUUCUCCGUGUCGCCCGCCGCCCGCUCCUCCCCCUCCACGCCCUCACCCUCACCCUCACCCUCCACACUGAGCUCCGCCCCCUCACCUCAGCGCAGAGCCACGCCCUCCUGCCCCGCCUCCACGCCAGCUAGCCCCGCCUCCUCCGCCGUGAGCCCGCCCCGCUCUCAGUCGUCUUUGCCUCGACGCGGGGCCUCGGCGUCGCCCGUCGACGCUCCCAGAGAGACGCCAGAGGCCCCGCCCAACCCAGACAGCCCCCCCACCGGCCCCAAACCGCACAUGAACGAGACCAGCUUCUGACCCCGCCCCCGUUACCGUGGUAACCGCUAACAGCCCGUUAGCCUAGUAGCAAAUUCGCCUCAGUUGGGUUUGUUCUGGAAAAAUACUAAAGAUCAUUAAUGAGACAAGAAAAGAUACGAGGAAUGAAAUGAAGUUAACAGGAUCUUUAAUCGUGAUCAUUUAAACCUGAUGAAUUAAAGCCCCGCCCUCUUUUUGUAGUUUGUUUUCCAGCUGUUUUUCUAAAAACUAAACAUUUGUACAGAAGCAUUAUUUUAUAAAUUUGUAUGUUUGAACUCUG